GGCGGCUGUCGGCCCCCGCGGGCGCGCCUCUCGGGCACUACAACUCCCACGGAGCAGCGGGCCGCCUUUCCCGCACCGGCCGCGUCGCGGCCGCUCGCGGAGGGUCCGCCUGCCGCCGCGGGGGAGGGCCGCAAAGAUGGCGGACGCGGCCGUGGGCAGAGACAAGGGCGCCGAGCAGCGGCUCGUGUCGCUGCCCCUGUCCCGCAUCCGGGUCAUCAUGAAGAGCUCCCCAGAGGUGUCCAGCAUCAACCAGGAAGCCCUGGUGCUCACGGCCAAGGCCACGGAACUCUUUGUUCAGUAUCUAGCCGCCUAUUCCUACAGACACGGCAGCGGAAAAGAGAAGAGAGCGCUGGCUUACAGCGACUUAUCAAGUACUGCAGAAGAAUCAGAGACGUUCCAGUUUCUCGCAGAUAUAUUGCCAAAGAAGAUUUUAGCUAGUAAAUAUCUGAAAACGCUUAAAGAGAAGAGGGAAGAUGAGAAUGACAACGGUGAAAGUGAUGGUGACGAAGCAGAAUCCUGAACAUUAAGGAAGUGCUUUAAAAACCGGCCCGGUGAGGACCCUCUUGGAUUAGCUCUGUUGCUUUGAAGCAAGCAGUACUCAGCACCGUCAGUGACACUGUGACUUCAGUCUCUUUUCAGAGCCUUCAAGUGCAUUGUAUUCUUUCCUGGCUGAGACAGAGCAUCUAAUGCACCUACCCCGUGAACAGCCAGAAGGAAGGUAACCGCCACAGGAGCCUCAUCUGACAGGCGCACGCUGCAGUCACAGGGUAGCAGGAAAGGGCUCCCUGGGAGCUGGACAUUGUCAUCUGCUGCAGCUAUAAGCCAUAGAGGCAAAGACAAUUUUAACUUAAUUUAGAAAUAGAUUUUGAAGGCCUCUAAAUACCAGUUGUGUAAAUCACGUAUGUGUAUUUUGAAAUUCUUGUAAACAGCUCCAGUUUUAGUUAAAUGUAUAGUUUAUGGGUAGUGUGUUACAUUUUAAUUUUUAUAGUUCAAGGAAAUUUGACUAUUUGUCCAAAACUUAUUUUUUAACUAUAGAGAAAUAAAAUUUUUUUAAAUUAAAAUCUGUACAUAUUUUUACAGUAAUGAACUUUGGAACUAGUUUUAGAACCCUUUUUUAUUCUUAACACCUUAUUACCUGAGACUGUGAAAUUUAAAAUUGAGCUUUUCUGAUGCUUAUUCUGAGAAAAAUGUCAAGUGAAAUUGUUAAAUCAACUAUAAGAAUAUAACUUAUGCAUAAGCAUAUUUUCCUUAAUUUCAUAUAUUGAAAAUCUCUCAUUUUCCUAUUGUUUCUUUACACGCAUAGUAAUUGUUUUUACUGCCCAUAAGAGAAAUGGUUCCAUAAGCCCAGUUUUUUUUUCCAUAUAGGCUAAAUUUUUGGCUUUUAAAAUCAUUCUUUAAUGUCCAAACUGUAGCAUGUAUAAGCAGUUAACAUACAGAAGUUCCAUCACCCCAAGUAUUCCCCUGUGCCCUGCUAGGAGUUAGUCCCUUAGAGUACUAGGCAACCACUCAUGUUCUCUAUCCCUUGUUUUUUAAAUUUUAAAAUAAAAUAUUUAAAAACCUGC